GAACAAACCCAGUCAAAGGACUGGUUACCUUCAUGACUGGUUCCUUUGAUAUAGUUUACUUCCUAUGAAUCUAAAUGAAAGCAUCAUCCACUUAAUAAAUGUGGGAUUAGUAUUAAAAUGUUUUUUUUUUUUUUUUAGAAUCUUCCAUUAUUGAUCAUUUGAUUCCAUGACAAAUAUAGUCUUUUAUGUAUAACAUCCCAAAUAUUGGCAAACUGAUAUUGAUUAAAUGAUACUACCAACCCUGGAGGUUGCUGUACCAGGAACAGGUCACGGUGUUCUAAAAACAACCCAACGCCAUUUUUAGAGGGUUGCAAAUUGUAGCACUUUAAAUGGAGGUCAUCUCGUACUUAAUCCACUAAAAUGGGUCUAGCAUUUCUUGUGCUUCAUUUUUGUUGCCUCAAAAUUGAAAGGUGUAGUAAAUUUCUGUCAUUUACAGUUUUAUUGAGGCAGAAAUAAAAAUGACAAUUUUUCCUAGACUUUUUGAAAUCUCACUCUGGUCUGAUGUUGGGGAUGAUUGAUCUGCUUUAUUUUAAAAAAAUUUCAGUGUCUCUUAUUAAUAAUGCCCAAUGUUGGCUAUGUAGUCCUGCAGUUGUAGUGCUGUAAAUGACUGAAUUUGGUAACAUUUUUUGGUGGCAAUUUAAAAAAAAAAAAAAACAGCCUUAGGUCGAAGGAGUAAAGCAUUACGAAGAUUCAUGUGCGUGAAAACUACAAAUAAAAAGGUUUCCAUGAGUCUUGGCUGUCGCCCUCUGGGCAUCAUUUGAAACGCCUCAAAGAAACAAUCUUUCCAAAAAAACUUUGCAUGGGAAUUAACAGGGAAACGGUGACAGUGGGUGAGGAAAAUUAAGGGAGGAGACCAACCACUAUUUAUUAAGGCUUUGAGAAUGUGGGAUUUUGGAUUAAUAUUGUAGUGCCAGAGUUUAAUCCAGUCUCCAACAGAGACAGUGGCGACAGAAAAAUGAGGAUGGGAUGAACGUGGGAGUGGGUUAUGGGAUGGAGGAGAUGACAGAGAGAAACAGAGGGAUUAGGGUCAGCCAUGUUGAGCAUCUGGCUCAGAGAUGUCCUAUGCUCCUGAACUGUACUGCAGCACAUGAACAUAGGGAUUACACCGCAUACAUGUGAAGUUGUGUGAUCACUCACUGUAUGAGCCAAGUUGACAGACAGCAUAACACAAUGUGAAUCUGCCGUUUUGACAGGAAACAUGAGGCUGGUCAGCGCUGGGGUUCGACUUCGGCGGGCUGCUGAGCCAUCUGAACCAGAAUCGGAAGAAGCAACAGAGCCAGCUCAUCAUGAACACCCUCACUCAGAACACCACGAACAUACAGAACAUCACCCGGGGCACGACUACAACCACAUGAAGGAGAAGUUCAUGAAUGAACUGAGCCAUCUGCCAAUUCCCGUGUGGGCAGUAGGAGCCAUUGUUGUGUUGGUCCUAGUUUUGGUAGCAUGCUUCAUCUUCUGCGUUUUCAAAAAAUGCUUUGGGAAAAAGAAAAAGCCAAAGAAAGUGAGAGAGAGGAAGGCAGGUCGUCGCAGAAAGGAAAAGGAAGGUGAAGGAGAGGCAGGAGAGAAGGAGGGGGAGGUGAAGAAGGAAGGUGAGGAAGAGGAGAAGGAACAGGAAAAGUUGGGUAAGCUGGAGUUCUCCUUGGACUACAACUUCACAGAUUCCCAGCUCAUAGUGGGUAUCCUUCAGGCUCAGGAUCUUGCUGCUAUGGACAUGGGGGGAACUUCAGACCCCUAUGUCAAAGUCUUUUUGCUGCCAGACAAAAAGAAGAAGUAUGAGACCAAGGUUCAACGCAAAAACUUAUGCCCUGUUUUCAAUGAGACCUUCAUCUUCAAGAUUCCAUAUGCAGAGUUGGGCGGAAAGACUCUGGUGCUGCAGGUCUUUGACUUUGAUCGUUUCUCCAAGCACGAUAUGAUUGGUGAAAUAAAGAUUCCCAUGAACAGUGUUGAUUUGGGCCAGCCAAUGCAACAAUGGAGGGACUUAGAGAGUGGUGAGAAGGAGGAGCAGGAAAAACUGGGUGACAUUUGCAUUUCCCUUCGCUAUGUACCCACUGCUGGAAAACUGACAGUGAACAUCAUGGAGGCAAAGAACCUAAAGAAAAUGGAUGUUGGUGGCUUAUCAGAUCCAUAUGUGAAGAUUGUUCUGCAACAAAAUGGAAAACGGAUUAAGAAGAAGAAGACAACAGUCAAGAAAAACACACUCAAUCCUUACUUUAAUGAGAGCUUCAGCUUUGAUGUCCCCUUUGAGCAGAUACAGAAAGUGCAGGUUGUUAUCACAGUAUUCGACUACGAUAAACUUGGAAGCAAUGACCCUAUUGGAAAGACCUUCAUGGGUUAUGGAGCUACGGGAGUUGGCCUGCGCCAUUGGUCAGAUAUGCUUGCCAAUCCCAGACGUCCAGUAGCUCAGUGGCACACACUCCUGCCCGAGGAAGAAGUCGAUGCAGCAGUGAAAGCAAAACCUCGUUAGACGCCACUUCAACGGAUUAUCAAAUGCUGCUGAUAUGUUACUUAGUGUUAAACCUCAUGUUUUCUCAGUUUGAAUGUUCUGUUUUCCAUUUUGUUUCUUUUGAGAUACAUGUCUGUAUGUGUGCAUGUGGGAGGCACAGGCAAUUUUUGAUAUUUCAUUGUUAUUCAAACCUUGGCUUCUCCUGUUUACCAUAAGCUGUUGGGGAUUUUCUGGCUCAGAACGGGCCUUUGGGGGCAACAAAUCCUCUGUGCAGGAAAAAACCCUGAUUAUUUACCAAUAUGGCUCUGUAUUUGUAUACUUGGAUAACACUUGUGUAUACAUAUGUAAAUGUGCAUCUUUUGUGUAUGCUAAUGCAUGGACCUUGUGCAAUUUGGAUUCAAAAAGGAAUGAUUCACAGAAUUACUCUGUGCUCUGGAAAGUUUCUUGGCCCAGCUGACGUGGUAGACUUUCUAGAGCUUACGUUACAUUGGGCCUUUUUGCUCAUUUUGUAGUGCUGUGGUGCAACAGAGUCCUGAAAAAUGCAAAUAAACCUACAGUGGACAGUUUCACAUCAGUAA